CGAGUCAGUCGCUUUAAAGAGCUCGAAUCGUGCGGACAUCGGCAGAGGUAUAGAGUGGUCUGUAGCACGUAAUUAACCAAGAGGAGAGUCAAAAAGAAAUAACGUCGCGUCGACGUCGAAGGUGAACACGCAGUUAAAAGUCCAAAUACAAACCCAACGGUGGCAAAUAGUAAUAGAACAACUAAGCAUCAACAACAAAGACAAGUAAAGCAAAGCCUACACACGGGCGUAGGCGUCUGGCCAACAGCUGUUUUUCUUGCGCUCUCCGUAUUCAGCAAACUCUCAGCGCUUACAAACGUCGGCAGAGACAAAGGCAGAGACUGGGCAGCGGCAGCAGCAAAACUCACAUUCAGUUCAGAUCGCGUUUUUCUUCGGAGUGGAUGAGACGUUCGUUCGGCAGUUCUAUUGCUAACAAAUUACCUACUCCGCGAACUCACCCCCCGCGAGAACAAAAAGAACAGAACAUAACCGAAUGAAAAGACAAGGAGUAGCAAAGAACCAACGGUUAAGUUAGCCAGCGACAACGGGCAAAAAGACUGAAAUCACACGUGGAUUGUUCACUCACCCCGACACGCGCAACCACUCGCACUCACACUCACCCAGCAGCUCCAACUGUUCGCUGCAUUUAUGUAAAACCAAACAAAGACUGAUUAAAACGCUAAUAAAUAUACAAUAAACGUAACGAAACAAAGUUAAACACGCGAACAGCAGCUAAUAUUAUACGGGUUAAAGCGAAUUCCAAAGCAAAGCAAACACACAUAUGGAUUAAGGUUCCUCCUAUCUCAAAACAAAAAAAAAAAACAACAACAACCAACUCACGGAUUACCUGCUGCGGCAAUUUACCGUUAGCCGCUCUUUUUGGAUUACCAGUGCCAAUAAAACCACAAAAGUGAAUUUUUUCGAAAGUGAAGAAAGCGAAAAACGCACGAAAAUGCUAAAAAAUCUAAAUCAAAGUAAAUAAGCAAACCAAAAGCGAAUUCUGUGUUACCGAAACGAGAGCAUAAGCUAAAAGAGCCCCUGAAAACAGCAAUGACGAUGGCCGCCUGUUAUGCCAACUACGACAUGUCGUCCCUGUCGCACGGCAUGUCGGGCUUGUCCGCCCUGCAGCACCAACAGCAGCAGCAGCAACCACAGCAGCACAGCCAGACGCAGCAACAGCAUCAUCACCAGCAGCAGCAGCAACAUAUGUACCACGCCGCUGUAGCUGCCCACCAGCAGCAGUUGCUGCAGCAGCAGCAGCAGCAGCAACACCACCGCCAUCACCACCAGCCCGCCAACACCAACACCAGCAGCAACUCGCGCCACAGCCAUGCGGCGGCGACCCAAACGCAGGUCGCCGCCGCCGUUGCCAACAGUAGACAACAACAACAGCAACACCAGCAGCAGCAGCAGACUGCAAGCAGCAACAGCAACGCAGCACCCGCUCCAUCGUCGCAGAAGGACUACAGCAUCCCGCUUCACGUAGACUGUAGCGUGGAGUACGAACUGCCCAACCAGCCCAAGCCGCCGGCGGGCCAGAGGGUGGAGCCUCUGCUGAUGAUCCACCCGUGCUACUUCCGCAAGAUGGAGUCGCAGCGGCGCAGUCCGUUCGUGAACAACAUGCAUGCGACCGCGCGGGCGGUGAGCAGCAGCUCGUUGAGCAGCGGAGCGGCCCUGGGCGGAGGCGGAAGCGGUACCGCGGUAGCCACGGCGCCCAGCAGUAGUGCCGCGCGACGUGGAGCCCGGGCGGCCACAAGCGCCCAGCAGCAGCAACAGCAGCAACGAUACCAACAGCAACAGCAGCAACUGCGACAGCAGCACCAGCAGAUGUCGCAGAUGUCGCAGCAGGCCCACUAUCCGCAGCAACAGUCUAGUCUGGUACGCCAGCAACAGCAGCACCACCAGCAGCAGCAACAACAGCAGCAACGUGCCAGCAGCAACCAAAGCCAACGCCAAAGCCAAAGUCAGAGCCAGAGUCAGAGCCAGAGCCAUGCAGCCAACUCAGCGGCGGCUGCUGCGGCCCAGGCCUCGAUAGCCGCCGCAGCCGCCGGCCAGUGGGAUCAGCUGGCGGCUGCGCUGGCCGCCCGCACCGCCCUCACGCCCCACCACAUGCUGCACCCCCACAACCAGUACGCAGCCAAGGGCAGUGGUGGCGGUGCAGGGGGCGGCAAGCGGGACGCCAUGAUCUCCGGCAGCUACGGACAGACGGCGGUCGCCUCGGGGAAGCUGCAGCAGUCGCAGUCGCAGGUGCAGCAGCAACAGCAACACUGCUUACCUCCGCCGCCAUGGGACGCGACGUCCAUGCUGAUGGACCGCUCGCCGAUGGCCACAGUUCCUAGCAAUUAUCAGGCCGGCCCUGACACCAACCCCAUGCGCCUCUACUCGGCCACGCCCACCUCCGGAGCCUCGGUGGGGUCGGCGUCGGUGGGCGGAGGCGGAGCGGUGAGCGGUGCGGGAGCGACGGGAGCAGUGAACACGGCCACCGACAAGUUGAGCGGAAAGUACCGCCAGUACUUACGGUCUCAACGGAUGCACCCGUACGCGGCGGCCGCCUCGCUCAACUUGGCAGCCGCCGCCGCUGCCGCCGGACAGACCUCGUUUGUGCCGUUCAGCUCGGCGGCCACGGCGGUGGCGGCCACGCCCACAUUCCAGCACCUGCCGCAGAUCUCCUGCUACAACGUGUGAUGCAGCACCAGCAGCAGCAGCAGCAACCAGGACAAUGCAACAUCAGCAGCAGCAACAGCAAAAGCAUCAGCAACAAGCCACUUGCAACACAUGAGACAGGCGCCUACCAAGUACGCGUCGAUGAAAUAGCCGCCUCAAGGAAUAACCAAUAGAUCCUCCCCUAAACAGUACUAUAUAUACACACCCCUCAAAGCUUUUAGAAUCAAAAGUAAUUAACUCUAAAAAUAUUAAGAGAUGAAACUAAAUUCUGUCUAGCUGCUAUGAGAAAUUGUUGUCCGACGGUAAGAAAAGAGGAAAUGAGCGAUCUUUUUUUCUUUUAGUAAUGGUAGUAAUUGAUAAACGAUACAAAAACAAACAACAAAAAAAUGCAAACUAUUGUAGUGAUAUUUGUUAUAAAAUAAUUUUAGUAAUUAAUUUAAUUUAAAUUAAACAACCAACAAGAAACAACAGCAACCGCUCUGUGUAAACCAACAACAUAAACAAUAACAACUGCAACAACAACUGCAACAACAAAAACGGCAAAAACAUCCAACCAAACAAUUGCUAAAAGUUAAACAUACGCAUAUUUAAUUAAAAAUCAACAAAAUGUUAUAACAACCAUUUACCGAAAGAAUACGAAAAUAUAAAAGCAAAAAUUAUUACCGAACAAUAAAGAGAGGAGAGUAAAGCAGAAAAAAGGAACAGAAAAAAUACGAAUAAAUAUUAUUCAAAAUUAUGCAACGUAAUUUGAAGCGAGAUAUGCAAAAAUUAAGAAAAUUGUGUUUUCAAUUAAGUAGAGAGCGAGAUAAGCAUAGUUCAAGUGAUUUGGCUGCGGCGAAGAAAACUCUUCUUUCCGUCGGCUUUUGUGGCCAACUUUUCACACUUCCCACCAUCUACUCCUCUUCUGUGUUCGCCUUGAUUUGAUUUUCAGCUUCGCUGUUCCCUCAUUCUGCUCCACCUCAUGGCUUCCUCCUCUGCGGUGAGCCGUGAUUGAUUAUUGUCAUUGAUGGAGGACCAGGCAGCGGGUUGGGGUGACCUCGGCACACAGGGGUCCCUUGCUAAUGGGAAACCGUUGGGCUGAGACGAAUUUUGAAAUCUAUCAGCAGACAUUGCUGUGUCUGUGUAUGUGGGUAAUAAUGGAUUCGGACGCAACGCUGUACUCACCCUUAAAAAAUACUUGAACUUUGAUCAAAAUAGAGAUAUGUGUGAUAACUUUCAAUAUAUUAAUGUAUUUAAGGCAGCUGCUGAAGGACAAAAUCUGGCAACAAGAUUCGCAAUCGAAAAUGAUCUUUUCCACUUUAUAGUUAUUCCACGACGCCGGUUUAUUCCGCUUAAUCGCCUUUGUCUUCAAUAGGAGGCUACGGUAUGAGCUGGGAAAUUCUUGUUUAAGCCAUCAGCAGAACCUUUAAAAUCCACUGUACUUAGCUUCAGCCACCACCAUUCUCCAGAUUCAUUUAUUACAGCGGCAUACUCAAACUGCCUUUGCUGUGGCUCUGGUUGAAUUUCCCCGCCUUUCCCUCCACAAAUCAGUGAUUACGGCUCCACGUUAUGUCUUUGUUGCGAGGUAAAAACGCAAAAAAACCCAAAAAACUCUAAUGGGUUCGAGUUGCCAGGAAACGCGAGAUGCUAUUAGCUGAAUUGGUUUUACCUUAAUUUCUAUAUUGAUUGCACUCCGUUUCUUGGUUCCGGAAAGCAAAAAGCUGAUUAAUUUAAGCAUGGGCAGGGAAACCCGCUGAGGAGUCAGCGCGGCAAUCGUUGAAUUUAUUAAGCCGAAAAAGAGUUUUCAACUUAAACGAACGACAUCAUCUGCCGGGGGACCAGCACUGACUCAUCUUACCGCUUUCGGCUGCCCUACAUCCAAACAAGUCUUACUCUACUCCACGACCAUGCGGUUGCAAUCCACUCGAGGUUCAACAUAGAGAGACGUCAGACCCAAUCGGAGCACGACGAAACCAUUGGAUAAAUAGCCAGACCACAUGUUAAUUCAUACCUCGCCCAAGUUACGAGCCAUUUCCUUUGGUUUUCUAGGACUAUUUUUUUUUUAUUUUAUAGGGACGCACCACUUUGUAGUUUUCUGCUGAAAUAAUAACUGAAUCCGGAUUUUGAGCACAUCUACCAAUUAGUAAUACUCACAUUUCAAUUUCUCCAUCCUUCUUCGAAGCCCAUCCAACAGCAUCUGGUACAAGAAACCUUAGACAUCACCCGUCUAUCGGCACUUUCCGUAGAAAGUAAUCUCGUUUGCACGCGUAAUCUGAACAAGGCAUCGCUUCCUGAAUGGCACCGCACUCUCCGCGUGAUUCAUCUAUUCGUUUAUUCAAUUCAUAUUAAAUUGGUCGUAGAUUAGAGACGGAAAAUAUUUCAAUUGCCACCGGCGGCAUUCACACAAGUGUAAUUAAAAUAUAUUAGAGACCGCUUCUCCAGCUGACAGCGUCGGUUGUUUGUUUUCAUUUCGUUUGAGCAAUCAACUAUCAGCUGCUGGGGCCAUUUGCAUGCGGCUGUGAUGCGGGAGAGUGAUGGCCGCUCUAACCUCUCCACCCCACCGACCCAAUUCGAAUGCGAGGUCAUCGCCAUUGUCGUCACCAAUUCGCCCCGUUGCCGCGUUGGCCAGGUACCGCUCUGCUCGUCUCGUCUUUUCUCGUCUCGUCUGGCAUUACUAAGCUGCACUUUGGUUUCGCACUCGCAUCUGAUUUAAUUAGUGUUCCAUGUGUGGGCAUCGCAGAUAAUGGCCGGUUCCUUGAGUGCCAGACUUGAGUGCUUUCGUUACUCGACACAUUUCCCCUGAAAUGAAAAUGAGCUUACUUAUCAAGUGGUUACUUCGAGGGUUGGUAUUUUUGUGGAUUAUCUUACUAUAGGAAUUGUGGUACCCGCCAAUCGCUUAGAUUUCCCUUUGUUUUCAACAAAGGCGGACGACACCUAUAGCAAGCUUAUAAAUUGGCAUAAUUUAUAUGUGUCUAUUCAAAUUGGUAAUACGGCCUUUCUGUAUUGCCCUUGCAUGCAAUAAUUAUAUAGGGACACUUGGACUCGCAAAUGCAUGGUUAUAGAAAAAAAUUCAAAUGAAUUCCACCUAGAAGUUAUCAGGUCGCUGUGACUCAAUUGUUUCGUCGCUGUCAAACGUGAUUUCCGAUGUCCAUAUUCGAUUAGCAGCUUAGUCUAACUGAAUGCAGACUGAAUGCAGGAGUGGUAGCUUAACUAAAAGGUUUUUCCCUCUAAUUGACUUUAUUUGGAAGUGUUUUUUGCAGUCGAGCGCCAUUUAAAAGUCAUUAACGGAUAAAUAAACCCAAUAAGUCGGCCCUUAAUGCAAACAAAUAGCAGAGUAAUACAUAAACCGAAGCGGCCGAGGAAAAACAUGCAAAUAAAAGGCAAAGGCAUAAAAAACAGAAUCACCCAGUUGCAAGAGUGGUUUAUUUUUAAAUUCCACUCGUACUGCUCGAACUGAAAUGACGCAAAGCGCAUCAAACGAAGUCCACGCCGGGCAUAAACAGGGUAACCAAAUACCAAGUGGAAGCGGCGUCGACGGUUCUGAAGCGCCGAAAAUAAAUAUAAAAUAAUUCGAGGCAGAAACACAGCGUCGGAAGCUGUCUAACCAGACAUUGUCUGUGGGCGGGGGCCUUGGUGGGCGUGACGAGCGUGGCAGGGGGCUUAGUGGCAGCCACAAAAAAAGCAGAAAAUGUAAAAAUGUGAGCGGAGGACACUCUCGUUGAGGCUGGUCAUAAAGCUGAUAGAAUGGAGGGGACUCCACUCCCAGACUUCAGACAUCGGAUGCUUCGCUUCGGAGACCCCGACUCCGAUUUCAAGCCCAGGCAACCGGUUUUGUCGUCAUCGCGUAGUUUUAUGUCUCGUCGUUUUGCUCGAUUUUUUUUGGGUUAAACUCAAUCUGCUGCCAAGCGCGCUACAUCAUUUCUGAUAUAAUUAAAACAUUUUUAGCGGACAAACGCAGAAAGAGCAGAAAAAUACAGAGCAAAGGCAUUUACAAAUUUUCUAGGCUUUUCGUGAUUAUCAUGCUUGCUUGCCAGGGCGGUAAUAGCUACAGCCAUAGUUUUAAGUGUAAAAGUAAAUACAUAUGUAUGCCAAAUGGGGCUAUAUUGGGCGCAGGAUACGACCUGGGGUGGACCGCCAGCGACAGUAUUAAUAAGCUUUAAUUAAAAAAUAUAGCAGAUGAAAAUAAAACGAAUGCAAAUAUAUGUAUUAAAUUGUCAGGCGGUAGCUGUAACUAACUAAUUAUCAUAAUUUAUAUGCAUGAAUGCGCAACACGGAGUGAGAUAGACGGCGGGAUUUGAGCAGCGACUUUAAAUAAAUUAAAAAAUGAAUGAUUAAUUAAAAAGGCACAUUAAUGGCACUUAAUUGAACCCUCUCUCUCCACUCAACUCACUUCACCCUGUGUGAGGACGACUACAAGCCAAAAUGCGAUAUUAUACAAAUGGUUCUGCGCGGAAAAAUGCAAAUGCCAAACCCAAAGAACACCUUGUUAAAGUAUAAAUAAUUAAGCUCCCAAAAUGGGAAUUUCGAAUUUUUUCCAUCGCCGCUUAGCAAGUAAAUUUUAGCUCUAUUCCGCUGAGUCAUCGGACUGGAUGAUGUCAAAAGCGAUUUGUCAUUGAUUUCUAGUUCUCUAAUUCCAUAUUAUAGAGGCACCUAUAACCUCCACUUUAGCGAAAUUGUGAAAGCUUUUGGGUGGCCCAGAAGCAGCUAAAAACUCAUUGCGAGCCGCAGCCAAAACACUUGACCGCCUUGGAACUUGCCAAGAGAGUAGAAGGAGGCAGUUGGCAACGGAGAGGAAGGUCAAAUGGCUUUUAAAAGGCCUACGAAACACGAAAGCCAACUUGAACUACAAACUCUAGACUUGGCCAAGCGACAAACAAACAUGACAACGUGUAAAACUAGUUAGCUAGCGCAAAAUAUCUAAUAACAAAGAACUAAAAAGCACUUACACACAGAAAACAAUUAAAAGCAUUAACGCUUAUACGAGUAGCCUUAGAGCAGCGCCAAAUCGGUACAGUGCGUUUCAAGGCUGGCAAUUUCUCGGAGUUUAAAGUAAAACACACCUUCAGCAAUCAGCCUCACAAUACAUACUUUAUAUUAUAUACUCUGUAAUUAAAUUAUACGUUUUCUUUUCAUUUUAAAACGCACAGCUCCGCCUUGAUUUGAGCGGUACAUAAGGAAAACUAUUAGGUAAAACCAACUCGAAAAACAAUGUAACAGUUGAAACUAUGAAUUAGAUGGCAAGCCUCGUUGGCGCAGAUUGAGAUUGUACAUAUAGGGAGAGGGGUUCGGAGCAAGAAGCCAUUCAACGUGUCUGGGUAGUUAAACUUCACUCGAAACUGGGUCUCAGACGAGACACGAACAGACCUCAAUAAAUGGUGAAUGAACUACCAUCGCACACGUACGAAUUCCAUUAUAUAUUUAACUACACUAAGUACAUAAACUUGCAUUAGCCAACCGUAUUGUGACUUAAAACAAAACAAAUCCAAAACAAAAAGCCAGCGAGAAAUUGGCCAGCUAAACAUAUUGAUACAAAGAUAUACAUACUAUAUAGCAUACCAUAUUCGCCUGUGCCGUUACGUAACCACUAUCUAGGCCAUCAGAAAAUUAAAUAUGUUUCGAAAUAAAUAUGCAAUCCAUCCGAUAUUUGGUGGGGAUGGCUAGCCGUUACUGCAAAAUCUGAUUACAUCUAAAUGUGAAGCGAAAACAGUUUUCAGCAGUUGGGUGCUGAUUUAACAUUUUAUGAUUUCGAGCGUGAAAAUCGAAAAUGAAACCAUCCAGAUAUAGAUCUAUAUUUAUUCUGCUGUGAACACAACUAUUGCCACUUUAUUCACUGGAAGUUCGCACUAUCUGCUCAGCAUUUCCGCUGCUUUUAAAUGCCGCAAAGUAUGGUUAGCAUAGAAUAUAAUCUGGACAAACUGCCAAGACAUCGACUUUCCAGGCCAGGCAAACCUGCUGAAAUGCUGCCCGGGGUUUGUUUAGUUACAGAACAAUUUCACGGCAUUAUGAUCGGAUAUAAAUUGUCUCAGUUUUCGCCUUGCGUGUGUAGAUAUUUAAUUAGCAACCAUUAUUGUUUCUAUUUCCCGGCAGGUGUCAUACAUAUGUGUGUUUCAAUGUGAUAGUAGUUUUAUUCAUAAAUAUUGCGCAUCGUACUUUGAACGAUGUACAAAAUCAAACUACAUACAAGAUGACUAGCCACUUUUGUUGCACAAUACACACAUCGCUAGCUUAAAAUUUGCAUUAUUUAAGAUAUUUUUUAGGAAUCCAAACAACUCACAUAGCCUUUAAUAUAUAUUAACAUUUCAGCUCAGAUUGAGCCAAAGAACUUUCAUGUAAAUUAUUUAAAUCCCCUAACAAAUGGAAAACCCAAAAAACAACUUAGAAAUAUGAUAAAUUAGAAAUAUAUAAAGCAGUAGAAGAGCAAUAAAUUUGUAGCAUAUUAUGGAUAUAAAGGAAUUAUAAUACUGGGCUGCAUGCGUAAGCAAACCCCAAAGAACAACUGAACCGAACACAAUAAAAAUGCAAAUUAAUUGAAUAUUAAUUUGAGCAACUUGAAUAAA